CUAUUAAUAGGCCCUCCUCCUCCUCUCCUCCCCCCACCCGUUCCAUUGUCGCCGUUGAAUUUCCUCUCUCUCUCUCUCUCUCCUUCGUGAAUUUCUGAGCGAACAGGAAUUUCUGAGCGCCCACUUCAGUCCCUGCAUCGAACCCGAAGGCCUGCAGGCAUCCAAUUGAAAUUCAAGAGAUCUCUCUCUGUGUAGCUGCAGAGGGAGAUGAAUUUCUUGACCCUCACAGAGUCGAAGCUUCCUCCUGGCUUCAGGUUCCACCCUCGAGACGACGAGCUCGUCUGCGACUACCUCGCCAGGAAGAUCGCCAAGCACGAGUCCGACGAUGUUCCCACCAUGGUUGAGGUCGACCUCAACAGGUGUGAACCUUGGGACCUCCCCUCAUCGGCGAGGGUGGGAGGCAGAGAGUGGUACUUUUUCAGCCAGAGGGAUCGAAAGUAUGCGACGGGGUUGCGGACGAACCGGGCGACCAUAUCAGGCUACUGGAAGGCGACGGGGAAGGACAGGCAGGUGCACGAUGUAAGAACAGGGCACUUGGUGGGGAUGAGGAAAACGCUGGUUUUCUACGAGGGAAGAGCACCUAAAGGGAAGAAGACAGACUGGGUGAUGCACGAAUUCAGAAUGGAAGGCUCCUCGCCGUCGCCUACAGCUGCACCCUUCAAGGAAGAUUGGGUUUUAUGUAGAGUUUUCCACAAGAACAGAGGGUCUGCAACAAGAUCCAACGCAGAGAGCAAUAGCUAUGAAGAGACAAGCUCAUGCUCCCUCCCGGCACUGAUAGAUCACCCCUUCAAUGUCAACCCGCAAUCAGGGGAUUGUGAGCAUGGACCCUGCUUCUCCAACCUCCUCCAACCUCAAACAUCCCAUUUUGGAAUUAUGGGUGAUGUCGGUUCCUCCUUGAAUCCCAUGCCUAGUUUUGAGGACAGCUUUGCUGGUGACAGUAGUGUCCUAAAGGCUGUUUUAGAUCAGCUAACCAAAACUGAUGGCGGUGUGAAGUUAGAGGCGCCUCCAGUUACAGGGGAAGGGAGCUUCAGCAGGUCCACUCAGCAAUUAUUCAACCAUGACAAUUAUCUAUCAGAAAUUGGUUUGCAGGACAUGUGGAACAACUAUGAUGGCCAUUAAUUAUUUGGACUUGUGUAUAACUUUGUCUUUAAUUUUGUAGUCCUCUGUUUCGGUUCUGUACAAAUUCUUUACUCGUGUAAAAACCCUUCAGGAAUCAUAUACUAUAUACAGUGUGAACGUAACUGAAGUACGUUCAGUAUUGAUAUC